AUGGCAAAAUUGGAAUGGCUUAAUGGGUGGUGCAGCCAGGCUGACCCCGGAAGCAGCAAGAGGACUCUUCCCAAGCAGGUCCCCUCCAGAUAUGCAGGACUUCACUUCCCAUUGUCUCUAGCCACCAUACUGGAGGAGCUGCACUUGCUGAAGAUGAUGGAACUUGCAGUCCAAUGCAUUUGGUACCUCCUGGAGCAAGAUUUUCCUGGCAUGCGGAUCGGGCCUGAGCCUACCACAGAUUCCUUCAUUGCGGUGAUGCAGGGUGAGGUGGAAGGCAUAAUUCCUGGGAAUGCCCUGGUUGUGGAUCCCAAAAAGCCCUUCCGGAAACUGAACGCCUUCGGGAACGCCUUCUUGAACAGAUUUGUAUGUGCUCAGCUGCCAAAUGCGGUCCUGGACAGCAUCAGUGUGAUUGACACGCCAGGGAUCCUGUCUGGGGAGAAACAAAGGAUUAGUCGAGGGUAUGACUUUGCUGCUGUCUUGGAGUGGUUUGCUGAGCGGGUGGACCGCAUCAUUCUCCUCUUCGAUGCCCACAAGCUGGACAUCUCAGAUGAGUUCUCGGAAGUCAUCAAAGCACUGAAGAAUCAUGAGGAUAAAAUGAGGGUCGUCCUCAACAAAGCAGACCAGAUUGAGACCCAGCAGCUCAUGAGAGUCUACGGUGCCCUUAUGUGGUCUCUAGGAAAGAUUGUCAACACCCCCGAAGUGAUUCGGGUCUACAUUGGCUCCUUCUGGUCCCAUCCGUUGCUCAUCCCAGAUAAUCGCAAGCUCUUUGAGGCUGAGGAGCAGGAUCUCUUUCGAGAUAUCCAAAGCCUCCCCCGCAAUGCAGCCCUUCGGAAACUGAACGACCUCAUUAAACGGGCCCGUCUAGCCAAGGUUCAAGCCUACAUCAUUAGCUCUCUCAAGAAAGAAAUGCCAUCUGUGUUUGGAAAAGAUAACAAAAAAAAAGAGCUGGUGAACAAUUUGGGGGAAAUCUAUGGUCGGAUCGAGCGAGAGCAUCAGAUUUCUCCAGGAGACUUUCCUAAUUUAAAAAAGAUGCAAGAGCAGCUUCAAGGUCAAGAUUUCAGCAAAUUCCAGCCCCUGAAGAGCAAAUUGUUGGAUGCUGUGGAAGACAUGCUGGCCAAUGACAUUGCCCAGCUGAUGGUGUUGGUGCGCCAGGAAGAAUCCCAGAGGCCUGUCCAGAUGGUGAAGGGUGGAGCCUUUGAGGGCACCCUGCAUGGCCCCUUUGGACAUGGCUACGGAGAAGGAGCUGGGGAAGGAAUCGAUGAUGCCAAUUGGGUGGUAGCCCGAGACAAGCCCAUGUACGAUGAGAUCUUCUACACCUUGUCACCCGUAGAUGGGAAAAUAACUGGGGCUAAUGCUAAGAAAGAGAUGGUGAGGUCCAAGCUGCCCAACACCGUCCUGGGCAAGAUAUGGAAACUGUCCGACAUUGACAAGGAUGGGAUGUUGGAUGAUGAGGAGUUUGCUCUGGCUAACCAUCUCAUCAAGGUCAAGUUGGAAGGUCAUGAGCUUCCAAGCGAGCUUCCACCCCAUCUCAUCCCUCCCACCAAGAGGAAACUAGCAGAGUGAGCGAUUCCUGGAACACCAUCAGGGAAAUGGGGGGGGAGGUAAAGUAAAUGUCCCUGGGCUGUACCUCUUGAGAUAGGUGAGCUCCACUUCCUGGUGGGUAACCAUAUCGGAGAAGUGAAGAGGAAUCAGAUGUAGAACUGUCCAGUACUUUCUCAUAAUGUUAUGCAAUUCUCUCUUCUUGAUAAUAUCCUUGUUGCCUGAUACGUGUUUAUAAAAGGAAUGUUGUGAUAGAAAUUGAGGGAGGAAAGUACCUCAAUCUGGGUGAGGAUAACUUCUGUUGCUAUUUGGCCAGGGGCUUGAUGUCCCUCCUGGAUUCAUUUUCAACCAUUUGAAGUAAGCAUUGCAAAUCAAGUCAACCCCUUAGAUGAAAUAUACCUCUGGAGGGGAGUAGGGAUUUACAUUUGCACUUAAGUGUUUUGUGAAGAAAUCUUGGUGUUCAGCCUUAGAUAUUUUGUUUUAGUGAAUACUUGGGGUACAAAUACAUCUGCAGCAUUACUUGGCGAUGAGCCAGUCGUGGACCCGUUGUCUAUCAGGAAUUGUUCUUCUCUUCUUGCAUUAUCUUGCAGGAUGAUGGGAAGACUGUGCUAGAGUACGCCACACAAGAACACCCUUUUAGUGUUUUGGGAAUUAGGACUCAGUUACCAAUUCUUGGUUGUGAAUGUGAUCAUCCAGAUUUAAGAGCCACAAGGCUGGGGUUUGUGUAACCCACAGGUUCACAAUCCAAAGGAUUUGUGGAAGGUGAACAGCUCAGUUGAGCCUCAUCUAUGGAAAUGCCUGCAAGAUCAAUGUCAGGGUAUCUCCAGCUUAGAUCAUGGCCAGGGUCUUCCACCCUGUAAAACAAGCUAGAGCCUCCCCUAUAGGUGAGCUGGACUAAAACUGUUCACUCUUGUUGUCUUACAUCAUAUACAUACACAUGGUUAAAAUUGCAUGUCUAUUCUAUUUUGGUGUCGGUUCACUUUAUUGUUGGGCAUCCAUUUACUGAUCAAGCCUUCCCACCCCAAUAUUGCCUCUGAACAGCCUUCAUCUGGUGUUAUCCAGAUGUACUGAGAGGUGACCAUCUCCAGCUACAUCUUCAGAUGGGUUGAACUACAUCUUACAUCAUCCCCAGUCAAAAGAGCCAUCUGCUGGGGAUUGAAACCUCUCUGUCUGAAAAGUGCUGGGCUAGGGUGGCUGAUGAAGAAAAAGGUGAACCCAGAUUGGAAGAGCUGAGCCAAACUAUUUCCUCCCCCUCAUUUCAAAAUAUGCCUCUUCCACCUCCUGAUUUUGUUGGCAUUAGGGGUAGAGCCACAAGCAUCGUUGCUUUGUAAAUGAUGAACUUCUGCUGUGAGUUGAAGAUGGGAGAAUGAGGAACCAGGACGCCUAUAACUUAUUUUAUUUUAAUAUUAUAUAUAGAAAGAUAUAUUCUGGGUGUGUAAAAAAAUAUCCUUAUAGUGGUGCAUUUAUCAUGUCUUAAAAAAAAUAACCAUAAACCAUCAUUAAAAAAGACAGAUGAAGGCCAGAAUGACUUGGUUUAGUGUUCUCAUAUACCGUACAGUUAAAGGGAUUUUAGGGUGCUUCCAAAUAAGCCUUUAGUGCAACUGCCUCGCUUCCUUCACGGCACUUCAGAGAUACUUGUAUUCUCUUCCGCUUGUAAUUCUGUGUUUUCUCACCAUUAGCCUUUCUCCUACCCAUUAAAAAAAAAUCUGAUAUAUAGGAAAAGAUAUAAAGCUGCACAAAGGCUUUUGAGGGGAAGCAUCAGAAAUCAUCCAUUUAGAAGUAGCUGUCAUCAUUUUUAACUUUUCGCACGCCUAAGCAUGUUUCUGCCAUUUUAAAAUUUUUUUAUUAUAAGAAAAAGGGAGAAAGCAAAAGCCUUUACCUCUUACACUUGUAAGUCUUACACGUAGUCUUGUUAUGCAGUUCAAUUAUUAGCAUUUAAAUUUAAACUGUAGUAAGAGUGAAAAAUGAAAGAAACUGGUAUACACAAUUAAGAUUCUUUGGACCAUUGCAUAAUUAUGGGAAUCUUUCUACCCUUGUAUUUUUUUUUUACUUUCUUAUUUGCAUUCCAAAAAGCGCAGAGUGUCUCUCUGUUGCCUCUCAGUAGUUUGUUCCUCCAGCUUAAACCGUCUUUAGCCUCCCGUUUUGUGCAAUUGCUAGUGAUUUGUCUUGCCGUAAUCGAGAAUUGCUAAGUUCUGUGUUCCAAAGCUGUCUCACUGAUUAUUAGAAAUCCAACUCUUAAUAAAGUGAAUGGGGCAUAA